AUAAUUUUGACAUUUAAAGAACAAACCCAAAAGAGCAACAGAAAAGAACACAUUUUGAAUUUGCGUAAUUGUGUAUUUUGUUUACACUUUUAAUUUUAUUUUUAUUAGCGAUAUUAAUAUUAACAGUACACAGUCAUGGCUUUAACUGGAUUCCUAGAUUUUUUCCAAAAAGGAAAGACCUUCAGACCCAAAAAGAAAUUUGCUCAUGGAACAAUACGGUAUAGUCUGUAUAAACAAGCUCAAGCCAGUUUAAAUUCAGGAAUUAACUUAAGAAACGCUGUAAAACUACCCCAGGGUGAAGAUUUAAAUGACUGGAUAGCAGUUCAUGUUGUGGACUUCUUCAACCGUAUUAAUCUCAUCUAUGGAACCAUAUGCGAGUUUUGCACCGAGCAGACAUGCCCAACGAUGUCAGGAGGGCCCAGGUUCGAGUAUCUCUGGGCAGACGGCGAUAAGUUUAAAAAGCCGACACCGCUACCAGCCAAAGAGUACAUCAGUUAUCUCAUGGACUGGAUCGAAAUCCAAAUAAAUAAUCAAGAUGUGUUUCCCUGCACGAGUGAUAGACCCUUUCCAAAGAAUUUCACGACCGUUUGUAGUAAGAUUUUGGCAAGACUGCAUAGGGUGUUUGUACAUGUGUAUAUACAUCAUUUCCAAAAUGUUGUUACCAUUGCAGCAGAAGCCCACGUGAACACAUGUUACAAGCAUUUCUACUACUUCGUGACGGAAUUUGAACUAAUUAAUAGAAAAGAACUAGAACCGUUAGCAGAAAUGGCUCAAAGGAUUUGCAAAGAUCCUCCUACUUAAUAUCAGCCAGAUAGUGACAAUAAGUAAAUAUUUAUUAUCUUAACUAAUAUUAACAAUGCUCAAAGAUCUAUCGGGAAUAUUAAUUAUACAUCUUGUGUUUCGAUGUGAUGAUGAUGAUGUAGAAAAUAUACAAGAACUAUUGGGUAUUUUUAUGAAUGUGCUCUUGUAUAUUUUUUAAUGCUGAUGUCUUUACGCAUGAGCAAUAAAGAUUUUUAAAAGUUUGUUCGCGUAGCGAAUCUCUGAUAGCCUUGGGGUAUCAGAUAGCUUUUGGGUUUUUGUACUUAUAAAGUUUCUUUCAUUUUUUAACAGCAUCAUUGGCGCCCUUAUUAACAGUAUGUUCAGUAAUUUUGCGGUUCGGUAAGAAAAACACAAUUUUAUGGUUUGAAACACAGUUCAUUAUUCAGUAUAGUCUUCCUCAACAUCAAUACACUUGUUCCAGCGAGAUUCCAAUUUAUGAAUUCCAUUCCUGAAGUGGAAGGGCUGCAAAAUACGCUUCCACGGCUAUUAUACCCUCAUCAUUUGUUGAAAAAUGCUUUCCACGCAUGAAUUUUUUUCGAUAUUGAAACAGGUGGAAGUCGCUAGGGACCAAAUGUAGUGAAUACAGUGGAUGGUUCAACAAUUUGCAAAAUGCUCAUAUGACACGGUGCAUUGUCCUGAUGAAAAAGGAUGUUUUUCUUCUGCAGACCGGGUCUUCUUUCACGAAUUUUUUCCCUCAGCUGGUCUAAAAGGUUACAAUAAUAUUAGGUUAUUGACUAUGUUCAAAAUAAGAGAGCUAAAAGGAACUGCAACGUUAACGGGAUUUUAUUGUCUCAUAUGGUCAAUGGACCUCUAAAUUUGAAAAAACCGCGAAGUGCUACCAUUUAAAGGAGUGCGUUUUUGAGUAAGGGGUGAAUUAGUCCCUAGGCACAGGGUGAAUUAGGGUGAGUUCUAUGCACUUUUGGUACAACCACGUCUACAGGAAAAUUGUUCCAGGUUAAAUUUACUGUCGAAGUAUUACAUUUUUAAGUGCAAAAUAUCUUUUUUUGCAAAAAUAUACUCAAAACAAAAGCAAGAAAAAAACACGAAAAAAAGCAAUUUUGUUUUUUGCCCCAUAACUUUUUUCCACAGGGACAUAGGUAUAUAGUAUUUUUACUACAAAAACGUUAUUACGUAGGUCAAAAUUUUUGACGUAAGAGAACUGUCAAAACAUUAGAAUGUGACUUUUCAUUAUUGCCGUGUUUAUAAUAAACAUAGCAAUAAUGAAAAGUCACAUUCUAAUAUUUUGACAGUUCUCUUACGUCAAAAAUUUUGACCUACGUAAUAACGUUUUUGUAGUAAAAAUACUAUAGGCAUUGCUUUAGCGAAAAAUAACUUCCCUCCUUCCUAUUUAACAUGACGUUCGGCAGAAGUCUCUAGGAUCUAUAGUUUCCGAAACAGGAUUUUUCAAAGUACGCCGCUCACAGCAUUUUUGGGCCAUUUCCCCCAUUAUUUCGCAAACAUUGUUCUGUAACUUUUUUCAACGCAUUUCUAGGUAUAUGCAAUGGUACAUUUAGUAGAAAUAAAAGUCUUGUCUUUAAAAUGGUCUAUUGCUAUUGUAUAAGGCUGUGCGACUACUUUUAGCAAGUUAUGCUUUUUCAAGGUAUUUUUUAUGAUUAUUUUUAAAAAAUUUCAUUAUGAUCUUGUACAUAAUAUACAUUGUGAAAUAGAGAAAAGCAUAUUUUCUUUACUUUAAAAUGGUGUAUUGCAAAAAAUUCUAGGACCAUUUUUAAAGAAGAUAUCCGUAGGAUAUCCAAGUGUAUCCGUAAUUUGAGAAAAAUUUUAAAUUCUUUUAUUUUUUUCAUAUAGAAGAAUAUAAUUGCAUAUUAUAACAUAACUUUUAAUUCCAAAUAUCUUUUCUUAAUAACACUUUUCGAUAUUGUGAAAUAUAAAGGUACUUUACUCUUGAGCGAAAUUCAUAUUUUUUAACAUACCUCGUACAAUAUUGAUAAAAUUUUAUAUCUGAUGAUUGCAUCUUAGGUUUUAGAGUAUGCAGAGCAUUUUAUAAAGAAUAACUUUUUUGCAUAAAGUUAAUAAUAAAAAAGUUUUCCAUAUAGUUUCGACUUAGUGGGACCUAUUACAUGUGUAUAUGUCACACUUUGAAAAAGCAUAUCUUGUUUAAAAAUAGGCCUAGAAUUUUUUACAAUACACCGUUGUAAAGUAAAGAAAAUAAGGUUUCUUUUUUAUUGUACAACGUAUAUACCUAAAUAUACAAUAAAAAAGUUAUAAUGAGAAAUUUAAAAAUAAUCGUAAAAUAUAUCAAAAAUCAUUAAAAGUAAAAAUUUUGAAAAACAAUAUCUUGCUUAAAAACAGUCAUACGGCCUUCUGCAGUAGAUCAUUUUCAAGGUAAUUGACUUUUCUUCAUAUUAAAUGUAGCAUUGCAUAUACCUAAAUCUGCUCAGAAAAAAAUUACAGAACAAUCUUUGCGAAGUAACAAGGAAAAUGUCCCAAAAUCGCUGUAAGUGGCGAACUUUGAAAAAUCAUAUUUUGGAAACUCUGGAUCAUAGGGACUUCUAACAAACGGCAUUUUAAAGAAGAAGGAUGGAGGUUUUUUCUGUGAAGCAAUGCCUAUACCUAUAUCCCCGUGGAAAAAAGUUAUGGGGUAAAAACAAAAUUGCUAUCUAUCGUGAUUUUUUCUUGCUUUUCUUUUGAAUAUAUUUUUGUAAAAAAAUACGUUUGACUUUAAAAUCUGACAAUUCGAUAGUAAAUUUAACCUUAAACAAUUUUGCUGUAGACGUGUUUGCAUCAAAAGUGCAUAGAACUCACCUUAAUUCACCCUGUGCCUAGGGACUAAUUCACCCCUUUCUCAAAAACGCACCCCUUUAAAUGGUAGCACUCAGCGGUUUUUUCAUAGUUAGAGGUCCAUUGACUAUAUGAAACAAUAAAACCCCGUUAACGUUGUAGUUCCAUUCUAAAAUACAUAAUCAAUAGCCUAUAUUCAGAAUUUAUUAUUUUAAUAGUUUGUAAGUAAUCUACAAACAUAAUUCCUUUCAAAUCCCAAAAAACUGAUGCUAAUACCUUCUUGGCCGGUUUCUGGACACGAACGAACUCAUUUCGAAGUUAAGAUCCAGGCUCACACCACUCACUAGCUUCUUCUUUUGAUUCAGUAUCAUGGUUAUAGACGCAAUUCUCGUACUUAGUGAUGGAUCGACGAACAAAAUCUACUUUAUCCUUUCGAAAACGCUUUAAAUGUUGCUGAGAAAGUCGCAUUCGAAUGGGUAUUUGUUACAUUGUUUGUUAGCGAAUGCGGCACCCAUUGUGACCACAGCUUUUUGGAACCUAAUACUUCAGUCAAAAUAUUGCUUACACUGCCCAACAAGACAACACUGCCAAGAGCUUCUACUAAAUCUUUUUCAGUCACUAGAUGAUUUCCCAGUACGAUAUCCAGUAUUUGUUCUACGACUUCUGGUGUUGUUUCUGUUUUUGGACGUCCUUGACGUUGAUUGUCUUCAAGGCUUGCACCCAUCUUUCUACUAAUUUCAAGAACCCAUCUUUCUACUGUACUGAUUGAAGGCGAAGAGUCCUUAUACACUUUCAACAUUCGUUCAUAAAUUUCCUUUGCUUUUAAACCUUCCAAAAAUAAAAAUUCGAUCACUGCACGAUACUUGAUUUUUUCCAAUGUAAAAAAAUACUGUGACACUUCGUUACUAAAGGGCUUGUAAACAAAUAAUGAAUUGACAGAUUGAAAUGAAACUUCACAUAUGUUCAUAUGUAGAGUGUACCAAUAUAACAAAAUAAAAUUAAGUCAGUACCAACCCCCUCUGUUAUCGAACCGCAAACUUACUCAACAGCCAACUAUGUAGUUCUGUUUUCUAGCUUUAUAAUUUUGGUUGUACAUUUUUAUAAUUUCCUUGAAAUAUGUCAAUUUUUAUAUGUAUUAGGUAUCCAAGGUUACAAAUAUAUGCAAUAAUAGUGUAUUUAGGUAUAUGUAACACCAUUUUUAUUAAAAAAUAGUUCAUUGAGAUGAUUAGCAGCCUUAUCACUUCUCUCUUUGUAUGUGUCCUUAAUAUUGGACAUAUGCGUUAAAAAAGGAAUUACAAUUAGCCUAAUUUUUUGUCUAUAUUCCCUUUGUAAAAAUCAACUUGAAAUCCUUGGUAGGCAUAAUAGGCCUGGAUCCCGCGUACCAAAAAAAAACGUAUUAAUAGCAAGCUGAAAAUUUGUUAAUAGCUUAACGGUGUCUAGUUGGACAAACUUUGAUGUACAGCAACACUGAAACAGGAGAAGUUUUAAUUGUGGAACAGGUUACAGGUUUGGCAAGUCAGAUACGAAAACGCUCCAUUUAUUUUGUCGGACAGAACUUCUAAUUGAUUUUUUACCCUUUCAUUAUUCUCUCAUGCAAAAAUCAGCCUGCUAUUUAUCACCAAUAUAAUUCCUGUCAUUUGACAUGUUCCAUGUGUCGGACUUAUUAAAAUGCCCGGUUGAUGAUAAAUAUAACAGUCUGAUUUUUGCAUGACAGUUUAAUGAAAGGGUAACAAAUCAAUUGUAAGUUCUGUCGGACAAAAUACAUGUGACGUUUUCGUGGUCUGACGUUCCAAAUUUUUAACCUGUUCCACAAUUAAAACUUUCCCUGUUCCAUUGUUCCCAUACAUCAAAGUUUGUCCGAGUAAACACCAUUAAGCUAUUAACAAAUUGUCAGCUUGCUAUUAAUAAACUUUUUUUGGUACGCGGGACCCUGGCAUAUAAAAAACAGCUGAAAAAUUAGGUUUACUAUACAAAACCUAGAUAAAAUUUUAUGGAACCAAUACAUUUAGCGUCUCGUAGGCUGCCCGAUGAGAUGUCUUUUUUAUCGGUCCUCCUAUAUUGACAUAGCGUUCCUUCUCGUUUCUAUUAAGGUAUAUUUACUUAAAUCCUUAUUUAGUUUAAAUCUAAUUGAUUUAAAAUUAACUGAAAUUAAAUUCAUUUGAAUUUAAUUAAGUAAAUUAACCAACCUACGUCAAAAAUGAAUUUGUCACAUUAAAAUAAUUUAAUUAAAUUUAAGUUAAAUUAAGUUCUUAUUUAAUUUUUUUCAUUUAUUUAAUUUCUUAUUUUCUAAGAUUAGCAUUAAACUUAAGGCUAUAUUCUUUUUUGUUGCGUAUAAUUAUUUUCAGGGCCCAUCAUCUAAUCACAAAACAGAUCAAAUAAAUUUAAGUUUUUCUAGAAGGGCAUUGUUGUAGCUGUACCUAAACAAAUAAAACCUCCAAAUAUUAUCGUGUAAUCAAAAUUUUCGCGGAUAUUCUAAAAUCCUAUACUGAAGUUCACAUUCAGAUGGCAGCGUUACGGAGAUACGCCUGUGGUUUCUAUAUGGCAGAAAUAACUACAAUGUUGUCAAAGUUUUUAAUCUACGUUAUGGGCCGGCUCCUAUAAAAGAAUAGGGAACUUGCAUAAAAUUUUAAAUUCGAAAAAAAUGUUAUAAAUCACAACAGAACAUAAUUUAGAACCUGUAUCAAAGAUAAAAAAGUUUUGUUUGUUUUUCGUUUGGCCCCUAAAGACGACUAAAAAUUCAACUUAUACCAGCCACCCCAAAACGCGUCGUGACGUCACAACGUUGUAUGUUUACAUUCUACACCAAUUGUAUAUAUAAUUUUAAAUUAGACAUUAUAAACGUCAGUAAAAAAUACAGUUAUGUGACGUUAAAAGUGUUUUUGAUCGUUUGAACUAUUCAUAGAAAAUUUGUACUUUUACAAAAUGGUUUUAUUUUCAAUAGUAAACCUUCUUUCCUUUCCUUCAAAAACUGUAUCAAACUCCAAUCUCAACAAACUGGUAUAUAUUAUACGAUAAAUGUCAUUAGAAUAUAAAUAUUUUUCCUUUAUUCCCCGACGACGACCUGGCCAAAUACCCAAGUAGGUGGAGGCCAAUAAACUAAAGAAGGAGAAGAAGAAUAUACCUAAAUAUAACGCUGUGUCUAGAUACACGCUAACGUGUACGCAAAUAAAAAAGUUAGAGUGUCAGAGUGUUGGAAUUUGUUUUUUUUUUGUAAAGAGAUUUCUUAUUUUUUAUUUGUUUAGUGUUUGUUUUUAAAUUAACUAUGCAGUGUGGACAAUUAUUUAGUUGUUUUAAUGAGUUUAACAACAUUUUAAAACAGUAUGAAAAAGUUAAGAGACUAUAAAUUAAUAUAUAUUUUUUUAGUUAUAAGUGAAAUAGUAUUACCGUCCAAAAUUAAAAUAAAAGGAAGACCUAAAGCUUUCACAAUAAUAAUUAACUUGUUCUCAAGCUAUUUCCCUGUGGCAUUUUUGUAAUCAACUAUUCUAAAUGGAAACUAAGCCACAAUUUAACUAAAAAAAUUAUUUUAUUAUCGUUUCGAUGUCUAAAUCGGACGUCGUUGUCAAAAUACAAAAUAUUAUUAAAUUAAACAAAUGUUGCUUAGUAAAAAAUUUUUUCUAAUAAUUUAUUUAAUCGGACUAAUUUUUGUAUUUUGACAAUGACAUCCGAUUUGGACGUCGAAACGUUAAUAAAAUCAUUUUUUUUAGUUAAAUUGUGGCUUAUUUCCCAUUUAGAAUAGUUGAUUAUAAUAAUUAACUUACGUAUAAAAAUUACUUUAACAAUAUUUUGUACGUGUCAUGUCAACAAAAUACAUAUAUUUAUUUUGCUAACCUAAAUAUAUACUUUUAUAUAUACAUUGAUUUAUUACAAUUAAGUUUGAAACAUCUGAAUAGUUCUGCUUCCCUUCCCUUAACAAAUAUUUUUCUACCAAACAAACACUAAAUAUAUCAAAUUAGCAUGUACCAAAAUAUACAGUUACUGCGCACGCUAAAUAAUGACGUCACUGGCUUGAUGAAGUUUAAUUCGCGUGUACCUAACUUUUUUAUUUGCGUACACGUUAGCGUGUACCUAGACACAGCGAAAUAUAACCAUAAUAAUAACUAUUGUAAAACUAUGUGACGUCACGGGUCGUUUGAACUAUUUUAGACCGCAGAAGACUUUAAAUAUGUAUUUCUAAGUUAUUACGAGUUUUUGAAGCGUGAAAUUUUGGAAAUCUCAUUUUUAAACAAAACUGCACAUUAUUAUGUAAUAAAAAAAUGUGCAAGUUCCCUAUUAUAAUUUGGGAAAUAUUUAUGAAUGUAAAAUAGAAAAAUACUACACUUUUGUGAACUUUUUUUUUUGAGUUUGGCCCUGCUUAUUUUAAAAAUGUAGUUUUACAAUGGCAGUAGAAUUGGCAACACUGUUAUCCUAUAUCCGUACACUGCCAUCUCAAUGUGACUUCCACUAUAAUUGUUUUACUUACCUUUGUUUGAAAUUUACACUGUGAUUUUGUUUUAACUAUAUAGGUAUCCCUAAUUUAUAGAGGUAGCGAUGGGCAUAAGUCUGGAAACAGAAAAAGAUUUUUAGAGUUAUUAAAUUUGGUAUUUUCCCAAAGCGCUAUAAAUUGUUUUAUGAAUUUUUCUCCAGACUCUUGUCCAUCGCCGUAUAAGCAUUUGCUGUUGUAAAUAUAUUACUAAAAUACACCAAGAAAAUAUUUAGACACAUGUAAUACUUUAGUGAUUGUUUUUAAGCUGUACGCAUGCGUUCAUAUGUCACCUAGUUUCCGGGUUGGAUCGAAAGGAGCUUUCAACCUCUUCUCUGAAGUUUUCAUCAGGACCUAUUCCGGGUCUUCAGUUUUCUGUCACUAGAUCACUUCACUAUGCUUUUUCUCAUGAGGAUCUUUCAGUGCGUUACAGUUUUUGGUUUUCUUUCUAACGCGUUAAAUUGCAUGUGACAGAAAAAAACGCACGUCGGUGAUUACAUUUCGUCGGUGACAUUUAUAACAUUUAUUUUAGUUGUCAAUAGAUGGCGCUAUAAUCGAAAUAAAAAUUAUUUUCGAAUUAUAUAAUAUAUCUACGAAUAUAAUCUGUACAAUUUAUAAGACUAUACAAAUCAAAGAAAAUACCAUUUUAUAAAUGCAAUAAACAGAAAUGAUUUGUUUUUAUGCCAAAUUGCAAAUAAAUUUUGACAACUGUCAGAUUUAACUAAAAUGUCAUGUCACUAAAAUGUAUAUUAUCACGGACUUACCUUUUUUCUAUCAUUUGUGACGCACUGAAAAAUGCUCAUGAAAAGAAGCAUACCAUGGUAUCUAUAACAUAUUUAAUUUUAAUUAAAAAUGCGUUUAUUUUCAAUUAAAAUUAUGGCCCCGUGAAAUAUAGUAGAUAACGUAGAAAUUUCACAAGAAAAUAGUUUCAGAACUACUUCACUAAUACAAUGACUUGUACUUUACACUGUACCGUUUACUUUGUAAUGCUGUGUCUAGUGUUAGUGACUGUAGUAGUGAAGUGAUCUGCGGAAUAAGAAGACGGAGGCUCCGGAGUAGGAUGAAGACUCCAAAUGAAAAUUAAGUGUAUAUGUGUUCAUUUACUUAAUACUUAAUAUAUACAGUGAUGAGCGCGCCAAUAACCGGCAAAAUAGCGCAACAGAUGGGAAACACAUUAAGUUUUUGAGAUAAAAAGAAAUGAAAUUAGUGGAGGUGGGAGAUUUAGCGAUAAAAACCUAAAAAUAUAUAUUCUAUUGUUUCCCAUAUUUAGACGCAUCGGACGAAUUUGGCAACAGCCACUGUCACAGUGACAAUUUUAAUUGACAUACUCCUCUGAUACGUCUAAAGGUGGGAAACAAUAAAUAUAAUGUAUACGCUGUGAGCUCGUAGGUAGAGGGGAUAUUUAAAAUUUCGCGAGCGCCAGUAGUGACAAAUCAGUGAACGUUCGGUGGAAAUUUGAUAUAAAUGUCCAAGUGAUUAAUUUAAAACAUUGAAAUUAAAAAUAUUAAUAGGAAAAAAUAUUAGUUGGCCAAAUCUGUGGUGUAUAUGUUUACCUUAAAUACACUUAUAGCCCGGGAGAUAGUGUCAAAUUUGACCGGAGCAUUUUAGCAUGUCUGGUUUCUUUUUAUUUAGGUAGGUGUUCCAAAGCUUAUUAACAAAUGAUGUGUCAGCUGGCCCAAAACCGGGGAUUUUAGACCAAAAAAGGUAAAAUAUGAAAGUUGAUGGACAAACGCUACAACUUAAAUGUCAAAUAUUUAUAUACGUUAUUCAAUACAUUUGAUAGCUUUGCUUACUUGGCUCCUACCUUUCACUCAGGAGAUCCAGGUUCAAAUCCUGACGCGGAAAAUUCUUUUUGUUUUUUAAAUUGACAUUUUAUUUUGAAAAAUAAUUAUUUUUAUAAUACCACGUUUUUAUUAUUUUUACGAGACAAUAUAAAAAAAUCUAUUUGUCUUUUAUAGAAUCGCAAACUUUGCAUUUUUGGUCAUAAUAUUAUGAUUGAUCUUAAUAAGCAAAUUUGUUGUACAUGAACCUCUGAAGGUUCCUGAGUUGGUAAGACCAACAAUCUAAGUGGAAAGGGAGACAUUAUUUGUUAUUUUUUGGACAAACUGUUUUUUCUUAAUUUUAUAUGUUGUAGAACCGAAAGAUACAACCCUAAAUUUUCACUUUUCUCUCACCAACCCCCAUUUUUUAAUAGCAAUCUAAAUAUUUCCCUAUUCUCUAUAAUACAUAAAAAUGAAUGUUUGUCUGUACCUAUGUCCCUUAUGGAAUCGUAAACUAUGCAUUUGGUAGAAAAAAGUAUAGGUACGCAAUAUUUUUUAGUAUUUUUUGGCUUUCUGGUAAUUUUUAGGUAUUAAACUUUCAAACAUUAUUUAGUUUUAAGGCGGUACGAAGUUUGCCGAGUCAGCUAGUUAAUAAUAAAAAAAUAUUCUUGGACUAGUGUGGCAAAGAUUAAAAAGUAUAAAUCAAUAAUUUAUGAAUUUUAAAUUGUAAUAAAAAAGCGUCAGGUGCAUCAUGUACGUUGCAAAAAAUGUUAGCUGGCCAAGUGUACAUGCCGUGGUAUUAUAAAAAUAACUAUUUUUCAAAAUAAAAUGUCAAUUUAAAAAACAAAAAGAAUUUUCCGCGCCAGGAUUUGAACCCGGAUCUCCUAAGUGAAAGGUAGGAGCCAAGUAAGCAAGUCUAUCAAAUGUUCUGAGUAACGUAUAUAAAUAUUUGACAUUUAAGUUGUAGGGUUUGUCCAUCAACUUUCAUAUUUUACCUUUUUUGUCUAAAAUCCCCGGUUUUGGGCCAGCUGACACAUCAUUUGUUAAUAAGCUUUGGAACACCUACCCAAAUAAAAAGAAAACAGCCAUGCUAAAAUGCUCCGGUCAAAUUUGACACUACCUCCCUGGCUAUUACGUUUUAAAUACUGAAUUUAAGUUUUUUUAAUAUAUCGUAAUAUGUAAUUAUAAAUUAAUCUAAGCGCCAUCUACACGAUAAUUGUGAAAGUAUCCUAAGUAAGAAAUUAAUAUUUCAUUAAUAGAACGUUUAAAUGAUUAGCAAAAUCUUAAAAAAAAACGAUUACAAUUUAAUUACUUUUUUGCGUUGUAAAUAUUAAGCGAUAACGAUUAAAUAAUAAAUUUAAAGUUACCGGCGAAAGUUUCAUUAGUAAUCCGCCAGUAGCGACACCAGCGAAGCUCAGAGCGUAUACGCUGUGAGCUCGUAGGUAGAGGGGAUAUUUAAAAUUUCGUGAGCGCCAGUAGUGACAAAUCAGUGACCGUUCGGUGGAAAUUUGACAUAAAUGUCACAGUGAUUAAUUUAAAACAUUGAAAUUAAAAACAUUAAUAGGAAAAAAUAUUAGUUGGUCAAAGCUGUGGUGUAUAUUUUUACCUUAAAUAUACAUACUUACAUUUUAAAUACUGAAUUUAAGUUUUUUUAAUAUUUCGCCAUAUUAACCAGGCCAUCGAUAUGUAAUUAUAAAUUAAUCUAAGCGCCAUCUACACGAUAAUUGUGAAAGUAUCCGAAAAUCUUUAAAAAAUCGAUUACAAUUUAAUUACUUUUUUGCGUUGUAAAUAUUAAGCGAUAACAAUUAAAUAAUGAAUUUAAAAAUUACCGGCGAAAGUUGCAUUAGUAAUCCGCUAGUAGCGACACCAGCGAAGCUCAGAGCGUAUAUUUUUAGGUUUUUAUCGCUAAAUCUUCCACUUCCACUAGUUUCAUUUCUUUUUAUCUCACAACUUACUGUGUUCUAUGUGUGUCAUAUUAGCAAUUGUUUUUAAAAAUAAUGAUUUACUGAAUAUUCUGCUUGGUGUAUUUUCAAGAUUACUAUAUUCAUAUUUUAUAAAUUAAGAAUAAUUUACAAAUAGUAUCUGAAGCCGGUAUCAUACAAUAAGUAUUGUUUUGUUUUAUUUUUGCUUUUUAUUGAAUUAGUUGUAAGUUGACAACUAUUCCGAUUGGAAAAUAUUGUUGUAUUUUUAAAAACGAAUUCAUAUUUAUUUGCGUGGAUUAAGUAAUUUUUGUAUUUAUUAUUAAUUUUCAUUUUACAUUGUUACCAUUUUAAUUGGAAAGCCAUUUUUCUUCUUUUUGUGAAAUUUUAAACGAAGUUUUUGGAAAUAUCGAAUUCGAAGUGCAAGAAUAAGGUGCACUUUUCGGGACUUACAUACACACAUCGGAGUAGUGUUGGUAUGUUUUAAUAAAAAUUUAAAAUUUUUAAAAAUCCAAAAGCAUUACGUUCAAAACGUUUUUGGACUUAUCAGUCCAUCAUCAGUGAACCUAAAAGUAAGUAAUCCCACUUAAUAAAAUUGAAAAAGGUGAAAUUUUGACUGUUAAAAAUUGAAAAGUGUAGUUAAGAUUACUUACUCCCUGUCCUUGCUAAAUAGCCACAAUGCCAAACACUGGUUAAGUUAUAUGUUCCAACUACAUAGUAAAAGGUAUAAAAGAAUUUUUCCCAAAGUGGAUGCCAAUGGAUUACUUAAAAGCAACAUGAUGCUCUACUGCUUUACAUUAAAAUAUUUUUUUAAUAUAAAGCAGUAGAGCAUCAUGAAAUUUAUUUUAUGAAAAUGAUUUGAAAUUUAUUGUUAUAUGGCUUUAGUCUAAAUUAUUAAUUGUUUACAAAAUUUGUUUGUUAGAUUUUGAUUAGAUUUAUUACGUUAUGAAAUUUAAAACCCCAUUAAUUUGUUGAAAUCAUAAAUAAUCUUAAAUAUUAUUGUAACGUUGCAUAUACAGAUACUGUCUGUAAAUGAAAUAAUAUUCAGAUGAGCAAUUAAAGAUGAUUUAUAAUAAUAUAAUUAUAUAGAUCUAUUGACUUGUUCCAGUGAUUCUUACGCUUUUGCACUUCUUAGGAAUGUUUUAUUUAAACUACUGUACACUGUCAAAUUAUGUAAGGUUUUACAAUCUUUCUUAAGAGCCUUAUUAAUAUUCAAUCAGCAGGGUGCUAUCCGUUGGGUGGGUUGACAUGGAAGGGAUAUGCCAUGUCGACAGUGCUUCUCAUGAUACCAUAAUUUGUAUGUCGUCCCCCACGGGCGAUAAAUUCAGUUCUUUUUAAAAGGUAAAGUUUUCAAUCCUAAUAGCAACUUUGCAGUUGCAGUGAAGACAAAAGGGAAUAAAUUCUACACUAUGCAAUUCACAACCCCCGUCUGCAGCUUAGUAAAGUUCCAACGGAAAAUGGACCUAAUUACUCUAUGGGAGUAAUACUAAUAAAAAUAAAAAUGUAUACCAUUUUUAUUCAGUUGCAAUUCGAAGGCAAAACAAUCUUAUUUUUCACUUAGAAUACAGAGCACAGUCCAGCACUCUGAAUCGACGAUUUUCGACUCUUAUUUGAGUCUCAUCGGAGAGACGUAGGCCUGCUUCUCCAUACUCGAAGUGACCAACCAUGAAAGCUUAUCCCCACAUUGCAACUGACGUGUAUGCAUUAGGUUGCAAGUCUAUCUAGCUUGCAUAUUGUAGAAGUCUAGGAGGUGUCACCAAGAAAAUGGACCAAUAAGUUUUCAAUUUAAAAAUCUUUUAGUAAUAUUUUUAAAUAUUAUUAAUAUUGCUAUUAGGAUUGAAAACUACUUCAUCUUUCAAUUGCCAGAUGACGUUAGUCACCUAGUCCAUUCACGUCAGUUGCGAUGUGGGGGAUAAACUCUCGGUGUUGGUCACUUAGAGUAUGGAGCAGCAGGCCUACGUUCUCUCCGAUGAGACUCCAACAAGAGUCGAAAAUCGUCGAUUCAGAAUGCUGGCACUGCGCUCCGUAUUCUAAGUGAAAAAUAAGAUUGUUUUGCCUUCGCAUUGCAACUGAAUAAAAAUGGUAUACAUUUUUAUUUUCAGUUCUUUUUCUUCACUAUAUUUUCUUACCUUAGUAAUGAAAUCCUCCCCUUCUUUUCAACCAGAUCCUUUAGAAACACAAAGAAUCUACAUAUUCCUCUUUCACUAUAGUAUUUACAAUCCUGGUCAAAGCACAAAACCGGUUUUAUUAUACAAAAUACAAUGGUUCACAAAAGUUCCUAACCUUUGUUUGGUGAAUAUCACUAAAAAACUAUAUUUCAUAGAAAUUUAAGACCGAAUUAUGAUGGUAGUAUCUUACAAACACUAUACUUAAGCAGAAAAAGCAGCAGAAGCAAUAUUUCAACUUUAUAGGAAUUAAAAACGGUUGAAAUUGGCAAAUCCUGGUUUUUCAACCUUUGUUUACAAAGUGAUGAUAACAAUAUGACAGUCGUGACGUCACACUUCGGUUGUUAGUCUUAAAAUCUUCAUUUUUCAGUCUGAAAAUUCAUAGCACAAAAUUAAUAGUAAAAUUUUAAAUAAUCUCUUGUGUUUGUAAAUCGCACAUAAGAUCGUCCUCCGCGACGUCAGAGUGUACCACGUGACCUAUAAUCAUAGUCAGCGGAUUGUUAAAGAUGUGAAAUUACAUAAACAAAGGAUUAUUUCAUAAAACAGUAGCAACCCGCUUAGCUAAAUAUUAAUGAGUCUCUUAGAUUACUUGUAAGUCUAUAAAUGUUUAAGUAUUUAAUACCUCUAUCUCAGAGGUUCUCAAUCUGUGGUACAUGUACCACUGGUGGUACAUAUCAUUAUUGGCGGUGGUACACCAAAAACAGAAAAAAUUAAAAUAGUAGUACUUAGUAAGUAUUGAUAAUACAAUUUAAAAAUAUAUAGGUGGUACCAAAAAUAAUAAAAAUAUCUGUAGGUGGUACAUUACUCAAAAAGGUUGAGAACCGCUGCUCUAUCUGGUAUAUGUUUCAGUUAUAAAAAAGAUAGUCUCUAUACUUUAUUCCAUUACAUGCCAUAGGAAUUGUCAACUCUUCAGUUGGGAAGACCUAGGAAAAUCUAGGAAUUGUCAAUUCAUGCCGCUCUAGAUAAGACUGAAAUGCUGGUCAUAUCAAAAAUGAUGUCAAUUAAUGUAAACGUAACCAAUUGUUUAUUAUAAAUAAUAACGAAAAGUUAAGCUCAACUUUUAGUCUGCUAGGUAUUACGUUGGUAUUUUGGAAUAAAGUAUAGUGCUAGAAAACAUUUUGUUUAUCUUUCUUCAUUGUGUUGUUUUAUAUAAAACUUGAUCAAAGAUAUAUCAAAAAACCUUUUAGAAAUAAUGUAACUCUACAAGACUUAGGAUCAAAUGACUGAGUGAAACGUUUUUAACAAUAAAAAGGUUUCAAUGUCCUAGAAUACAUUUUGGGAAGCCUUGCUGAUUAAGUCUGAAGAUAGAGUUAAUACUAAAACAGUAAGUUUUGUACAAGUAUCUGAAUAUUGUGAUUUUUGAUGUUCAGUUGAUUAAAUAAAUGAACAUACAGUAUAAAAUAUGUAAUAGUAAGUUUGUAAUUUAAUCACCUAUGGAUAAUAAAUAGCUUACAAAAAU